AUGGAUGCCACAGCCUGUAAUGGAUCAGAAGACUCUUUACCUGUCUUCUAGUUGGUGGGCAUCCCCUCUCUACAGGAGUUCCUUUUCCUCCCUGCCUUCUUCAUCUUCCUUUUCUUCUACUUGCUCAUCCUGAUUGGUAACACCCUGAUCCUGGUGGCCGUGGUGAUAGACCCCAGACUCCACAAGCCCAUGUAUUUCUUCCUGAUCAACCUCUCUGCCCUGGACAUUCUUUUCACCACAUCCACUGUCUCCAAGAUGCUGUCCCUACUCUUACUUGGGGACCGCUGCCUCAGCUUCCCUGCCUGCUUCCUGCAGAUGUACCUCUUCCACAGCUUCUCCUGCUCUGAAGCCUUCAUCCUGGUGGUCAUGGCCUAUGACUGCUAUGUGGCUAUCUGCCGCCCAGUGCACUACCCUGUCCUCAUGACCCCACAGAUCAAUGCUGCACUGGCAGCCAGUGCCUGGCUCACUGCCCUCCUCCUGCCCAUCCCAGCAGUGGUGCAGACCUCCCACAUGGCUUUUGACAGCACUGCUCACAUCUACUGUUGCUUCUGUGACCACCUGGCUGUGGUCCAGGCCUCCUGUUCUGACACCACACCCCAGGCCUUCAUGGGCUUCUGCAUCGCCAUGGUGGUGUCCUUCCUGCCCCUUCUCCUGGUGCUUCUCUCCUAUGCCCACAUCCUGGCCUCGGUGCUUCGCAUCAGCUCCCGAGAAGGACGCUCAAAAGCCUUCUCCACAUGCAGCUUCCACCGGCUGGUGGUUGGCACCUACUACUCCUCCAUUGCCAUAGCCUAUGUGGCCUAUAGGGCAGACCUGCCCCUUGACUUGCACGUCAUGGGCAACGUGGUGUUUGCCAUUCUCACACCAGUCCUCAACCCCCUCAUCUACACACUGAGGAACAAGGAUGUGAAAGCAGCCAUCACCAAAAUGGCAUGUCCCCAGGACCCAGGGCAUUCUGGAGACCCUUAA